GAGAUUUUAUUUAUACUCCUAUACUUAACAGCCCAUAUGACAUUGUGCGAGAGAAAAAGUCCUCUGAGUACUAUAUAAAAGUUUCAUCCAUUGGCAUCAAUGGUAAAAAUGUGCCACUAAAUAAAACGUUACUCUCAUUGAAAAAUGGAUUUGGCACGAGUAUUAGCACGGCUGUACCUUAUACUAUAUUGUUACCUUCUAUUUAUAAUGCCAUAACAAAAGCCUUUGUUAAUGAGAUGCCAAAAGAGGUUAGAUCUGUCCCUCCAGUAGAACCUUUUACAACUUGCUUUGACUCAAGAGAUAUUGGCAUAUCACGCCUUGGCUUCAAUGCUCCUGAAAUUAAUGUCGCUCUCCACAAGAAAAAUGUGAAUUGGAGAAUUACUGGAGCGAACUCAUUGGUAAAAGUUAAUGAGGAUGUGAUAUGUUUAGCCUUUGUCGAACGGCGUACUCGAGAUUGGGGACAAGGAAUUGUUAUUGGUGCGUAUCAAAUGCAGGACAACCUCGUUGAGUUUGAUCUUUUGAGAAGAAGAAUAGGUUUUAGUAACUCGCUCUUUUUCCGUCAAAGCAUGUGCUCAAAUCAGAAUUAUACUUAA